AUGUCUAUCAAGGAAGUCCCCGACAGCAACAAGUUGUUCUCCGAUGUUGUGUUUCAACGCGAAAACGCGCACAUUGCCAGCGAAUGGCAGCGCAUUACAGAGGUCUACCCAGCUGGCCUGAACCAGCCGCUGCUGCCCGAGGUUUUCUCGCGUGAGCAGUUUGGCCAAGGCAACCACUACGAGUGCUUCAUGAUCUCUGCCCUCGCAACGCUUGUGCGCUUCCCUGAUGUGAUCCGCAACUGCUUUGUGACCCAGAAAGUGCGCCAGGAUGGCCGCUACACGUUCCAGUUCUUCCGCGGGCGGGAGUGGGUGAGGGUCGAGAUCGACGACACAAUUCCCAUGGAGGACGGCGAGGUGCUCUACCUUCGGUCCCCGACGGAGCACUGGUGGCCGCUGCUGCUGGAGAAGGCGUACGCGAAGUUCUACACCGCCUACGACCAUCUCGAGGGCUGCACACUGCAGGAGACCUUCCACGACCUGACUGGCAACCCGGUGCUGAACAUCCCCAUGGACGCCAAGCUGGCUAAGGCGGCAGGAGCCGAGGUUACGGAGGGCUUUUACUGGCUGGACUUGGCGCAGCGCAUACACUCUGGACAGUUUGUGGCAUCAGUACUUACCAAAGAUAUCGAGCUCGAGACGAUGGGUCUGCAGCGAGAACAACAGUACGGCAUCCUUGAGAUAUUCUCGCUGACCGGCACCUCCUCUAUCAAUGACAUCGUUAUUCGCCUGCACAACCCCUUCGAGGACGAGGAGUACCUCUACAAGGGUCCACUGAACUCAAAGGAUACGACCUGGGAUGCGAAGCAACGCGCCAAGCAUGAUGUCGACGACGAGCGGUCUAUUUUUCUGCCUCUGAACACCUUUCUGAAGAUCAUGAACUCCGUGCAGCUAUGCUACAUCACCACCGUUGCCUCGGAUGCGACGUAUUUUGAGGACGAGUGGAAGGGUGAGUCGGCCGGCGGCAACCCCACCAGCGUGUCGUGGCGCAAAAAUCCCCUUUAUUUUGUGUGCAACAGCGGUAGUACCGCUCUCGAGGUGGUGGUGAUCAUUAAACAGGAGGACCAGCGCCGUUUCAUGUCCCUAACUGAGAUGACAAAGUAUCUCCAGUGUGGCAUGGUGCUCAUCCACUACUCGUACGCCAACCCGAUCCCCACCUUCUGGGUCACGGGCAACAACCACAAGCCCAUCCACAAGAGCCUCUUCCUCAACUCGCGUGAGGUGGCUAAUACCAUGACGAUUCCCCCCAACUCGUUGUGUUAUCUUGUCCCCUCCUGCAUGCACAAGGGUGUUGAUGGCCCCUUCUCCCUCGCCCUAUACCGCAUGAAGGAUGUCGACUACAGCGACUUGACCAUCACGAAGCUGGCCAUUCCGAGCAUGAACUGGUCCAGCCCCGCUACCAAGAAUGUGGAGCUGUGCCAGAAGGAGAAGGACCGGGUCGACUUCUACGUUGAUGAAGCCACCGAUGUACACAUUCUUCUCCACCAAACAAAGCCCUACGUCAGCAAGUCGGGCGGCGACGCCAUGACGGAGGAUUACAUGGGUAUGUACCUCUACGACGACACGGACCGCAAGGUGGCGGGCGUGCACGCCGCGACGAACUUCCGCGAGAUCAGCGCCAUCCACCGCCUUCCUCGGAGUGGUCGGUAUGCCAUCUCGAUCACGUGUCCUCGCGGAAAGGGCGACGUGCCGGCCUACAUUACCAUUAUUGGGUCGCACGCGUCGAACGUGCGCAUUGUCGACCCGCCUGAGGACGCCACGAUGUUUGACGAUGAGGACAUCAUCGACGAAGGCGAAGACGCCGCGCUGGAGCACAACCCGGUCGACUACACCCCCGUCGUGUUCGAUGCCGCGCGCCACGGCGAGCAGGUGGAAAGCGACUCGCCUUUUGAGGACAAGCGCUUCUACAUGGACAACCGCGGCGCGACCAGCGAUCCGUGGGUGCACAUCGGCGACCUGUACCCUGAAGGCAAGACCGUGCCGCUGUUGCCGAACGAGCUGAGGCGGGACCAGUUCGGGCAGGGCGACCACUACGACUGCAGUACGCUGACGGCGUUCGCGGCACUGCUGGAACGCCACCCCGACGUGAUCCGCAACUGCUUCGUCUCGAAGAACCCGCGCAAGGACGGCCGCUACACGUUCCAGUUCCACCGCUACGGGCAGUGGGUGAAGGUGGAGAUCGACGACCGCAUUCCGAUGGUGAAGGACGACACGGUGUUUUGCCGCUCGCCGACCCACCACUGGUGGCCGCUGCUGCUGGAGAAGGCGUACGCGAAGUUCUACACACUGUAUGAGAACUUGGCGGGCUGCUCGCUCGCUGAGGUCUUCCACGAUUUCUCCGGCCGUCCUGUCGUUUUCAUACCUAUGGAGGCGGAGAAGGCGAAGGUGGUCAACUACGACAUCAAGAGUGUUCAGUUCUGGCGUGACCUGAAUAGUGAGCUCGAUCAGACUGCGCUGGCUGCGUUGGCGUUGGGCGAGCAGGCUGAGCAGUACGGUCUACACCACGAAGGCAGCUACGCGGUGCUGGGCUUCAUCGAAGCACGCAAUGCCAUCGACCUUACUCCUGCGGAUGUGCUUGUGAAGAUGUACAACCCGUAUGAGGACUCGCCGUACUCGGGUCCUAUGCACAAAGACGACCCGAGCUGGAUGUCGGAGAUGCGUUCAAUCUGCAACCCGGAGCAGCAGAGCGUCUUCUAUAUUCCUGCCAACGCCUUCCUUGAUGUGUUCGCGAACAUGCAGCAGGUGUACAUUAAGGGCCCGCUGGAACCGUGCCAGAACUUCAACAGUGAGUGGGGAGACUCCACCAACGGCGGAAACGUUUCGCUUGUGACGUGGCGUGAGAACCCGCUUUAUGUGGUGCGUAACGAUUCGGAGGACCCGGUGCAAAUCAUUGGCAUGAUCCGGCAGCCGGAUCAGCGACACCUGCUGCAUCGCCAGACAAAUCACGAGCUGAACUAUGUGCAAUGUGCGCUUGUCGUUGCGAAGAGCCUUAGUGCCGAGCGCAUCCCCACGUACCUGGUUACUGGCAACAACCACCGCCGCCUGCGCUCUGGCCUGUAUCUGCAUAACCGUGAGGUGGCUGAUGUCAUGACGAUCCCUGGAGACUCGCUGUGCUACCUCGUUCCCACUGGCAUGCAACGCGACAAGGGUAAGUUCAUCUUCUCCUACUGGUUUCUGCGAAAGGGCGACAAAGAUAAGUUGGACAUCAGGCGUCUUAACACGGACGUGGCGCGCCAACUACCGGCCAUCGCGCACGUGAACCUGAUCAACAAGAGCCAUGCACGCGUGGACAUCCUUGUCGAUGUGCCGACCGACCUCCACAUUCUGCUGAAGCAAGAAAAGCCGUUCAGGCACGCGAACGGCGGUGAUGCGAUUGCGCAGGACUUUCUCUCAGUGUAUCUGUACGAUUCCAACGACAAGCGCAUCAGCCCCAGUACGCAGGCGACGAACAAUCGCGAAAUCGGCCUUGUGCAGCACGUAAGCAAACCGGGCCGCUACACCAUUGGCGUGAACUGCACCUCUGGCACGGGAGAUGUACCAUGCACAGUGAAGGUUGUCGCGCACGAGCGCGCGCACGUCCGCAUCACCGAGCCUCCUGAGAAUGCACGCGAGCUCGGCGAGCUGGACCUUUCCUUCCUCAACCCCGAGCCGGAAGGAGUACCACUGGUGGACCUCCCGCUUGACGAAGACCUAAAGUUUCAGGAGCAGCUGGAUGCGCUGAAGCGUCUGUAUCACAAGCCGCACAGAAAUGAGGAUGAGAUUCUGGCGCUGGAGCGCAAGAUGAAUGCCCGUGCGCACGAGCUAGCGAGGGCCCUGUUGGGCAAGGAGCGGUGGAAGUACUUGGCUGGACAAGACAUUGAGAAGCUGGCCCCACUCUUGGACAGUGACCCAGACUACAUGAACGCUGAGCGUGAGCGCCAUAACCUCAAGAAGGACCCGCGAAACGCCAGCAGGGUGCGCGAGGUCGAGGAAGAAUUGCGGGACCGCGCUACUGCCCUGGCCGACUCCACAGUUGGCAUCGAACUGGGCUUCAUGGACCUCGAAUACGAGGGUAUUCCGCGUGACGACAUUGAGCUACUGAACGACUAUGCCUUCGAGGAAAUGGCGAAAGCGCGCGCUGGCUUGCUGAACGACCCCGCCGCCAACGCGCGCAAGAUAAACGACAUGGAGGACAGGAUGCAUGAUCGCGCCACCGAGAUGGCGAAAGACAUGCAUAAGAGAGAGCGCGUCUACCUGGACCCCGAGCCGGAGGGUGUUCCGCUCGACCUGCUUCCUCUGAACGAGGACGAGGGGUUUAGUCGAUUGGAGGAUGAUUUGCGCGCUCUCACUCGCAAGCCGAAGCGAGACGCGAAGGCGAUGAAGGACCUUCAGGUCAAGCUCAAUGGCCGUGCGCAUGAACUGGCUGCGGAGCUGAAGAGUGAUGAGCGGGAGCUCUUCCUGGACCCCGCGCCGCUUGGCAUUCUGGUGGCAGAUCUUCCCCUUGAUACCGAUCCGGAGUUUCAUGCGAAGGAAAUUGAGCGUCUGCAGCUGCGCAAGGAGGACCCUCUGGGCAACCGCGACGACAUCAAGGCAUUCGAGGAUGAACUGAAUGACCGAGCUCGCGAGCUGGCCAAAGACCAGCAAGCAAAUCAGCGCGCCUUCCUGGAGCAGGACCCGUACGGUAUGCCGCUGGAGAAGCUGUGUCUGGACUACAACGAUGACUUCCUCAGGAAGGAGAAGGACCUGCGUGCGCUGCAGAAGGACCCGCGCCACAAUGCCAAGGUAAUCAAUGACCUGAAGGGCGAUAUGCGCGACAUGGUGGAGACCUUGGCGGCUGCCGAGGCGGCGCGUGACCGCAGCUUCCUCGACCCUGAAGUGGAAGGCCGCCUCGUGCAGAAUCUCCCGCUCUGUGGCAACACGGAGUUCAAGGACCUUGACACGAAGCGCCGCCGUGCACUUAGCCGUGGCGGAGACACGAGCAGGGUGCCGGUUAUGGAAGACCGCAUGAACGACAUUGCGCUCGAGAUCGCGCACAACAUGAACGCCGCUGAACGACCGGACUACAUGGACACCGCGUACAAGGGUAUCCCGGUGGCGGAUCUGGGGUUGGAUGAGGAUCAGCUGUUCCGUUCUUUGGAGGUAAAGCGGCAGCAGCAGAAGCAAGACACGCGCCGCAAUGCGCGCGGCAUCGCAGAGACAGAGCAAGAGUUGAAUGACCGCGCAAUGGAGCUGGCGACGGAAAAGCUGAAGGGUGACCGCAACUAUCUCGAUCCCGAGCCGGAGGGCGUGCCGCUGCGUCUUGUCCUGCUGGACACGGAUUCUGCAUUCGCCGAGAUGGAAGCGCAGCGUGUGAAGCUGAAGAAGGACUUGCGCCGCAACAUGAAGCCGAUCGCGGACAUUGAAAAUCAGCUCAACGACCGCGCGCACGAGCUUGCCAAGGCACUGAAGGAGAAGGAGCGGCCCAGGUUCCUGGACGCCCGGUUCAGUGGUAUUCCCUACGCAGAGCUCCCGCUGAACGAGGAUCAACCGUUCCGAGACAUGGAGGUGCAGCGUCUGCUGCUGAAGGAGCAGCCGCAUCGGAACGCGACGGCGAUCCAGGAUCUCGAGGAGGCGCUGAACGACCGUGCCGGCGAGCUCGGCAAGGAGAAGCUGGCCAAGGAGCGCGCCUUCCUCGACCCUUGCCCGCUCGGCAUUCCUCUGGAGGAGCUGCCGCUGGACCUCACGCCGGUCUACCUCGCUAAAGAAGAGCGCCUCCGCCUCCUCAGCAAGGAUCCUUACAAGAACGCGGCGGCGAUUAAGGCAUUACAGGGUGAGAUGCACGACAUGGUGAACGCUCUGGCGGCUGAGGAGCUGGAUAAGAUGCGCACCUUCCUUGACCCCGAGCCGGAGGGCCGCUUAGUCGAGAGCCUGCCGCUGAACGACGACCCGCAGUUUCACAAGCUGGAGGCGCAGUACCGUGAUCUGAAGAAGAGCCCGAAGGCCAACCCGCAGGACCUGGCGGACUGCGAAGAGCUUAUGAACGACCGUGCGCAUGAGUUGGCCAAGGGCCUGAACCGCAAGGAGCGCCCCACCUUUAUGAGUUUGUUGCCGAAGGGCGUACCCCUCGAGGAGCUACCGCUUGACACGGACGAGGAGUUUAGCAACCUAGAGGCGCAGCGUGCACGCCUCAUGCGGCAGCCUGCAAAAAACAAGAAAGCGAUCGUCGAAAUCGAGGAUGCUCUCAAUCUGCGAGCCGAGGAGCUGGCGCAGGAGAAGAUUCAGGCUGACCGUGCCUUCAUGGAGGAGGCCCCGCAAAACAUCCCACUGAAGUACAUCCCGCUGGACAAGGACAAGGAGUUUGGCAAAAUGGAGGCGCAGCGCAUGGCACUCCGCACACAGGGCCAGGGAGCACGUGCGCCAAACCCGAAGGUGCGUGAACUGGAGGAUGCGAUGAACGCGCACGCGAACGAGAUGGCGAAGAUGUUGAAGCAGCAAGUGCGCGCGAACGUGCUGCCGCCGCGGGUUGGCGGCAUUGCGCGCGAGGCGCUACAGCUUGACGACGACGUGCCGUUCACAGAUUUAGAAGUGGCACACAUUGCAGCCAACGGUGACGGCGAUCUCGACAAGGGGCACGACCUCGGUGACGCCAUGCAGAAGCGCGCUGCCGACGUAGCAGCGAAGCUGCGUGGAGAGGAACGUGCGAAUCUCGGAAACCCGCUCGGUUUCUCGCCGGAGGACCUUCCGCUGGAACGGAAUCCCGAGUACCUGCAGAAGGAGGCAGCACUGGUGGAGAUGCGGGCGAACCCGAAGAAGAACGCGCAGGCCAUCAAGGCCGCGGAGGGGGACCUGCACGCCUUGAUGAUGGAGAUGGCGAAGGAAAAGGCCGCGGAGGAGCGGGAGGACUACAUCGACCCCGAGCCGGAGGGUCGAAAGCUGAGCGGCCUCGGCCUCGACGACGAUCCGACGUUCGUCGGCAUUGAGGAGCAGUACCGCAAGUCCAAGAAGGACCCUUACGCCGAUCAGGACCGACUGCGUGACCUGGAACAGAUGAUGAAUGACCGCGCGCACGACCUAGCUAAGAUGAAGAAUGCCCAGGACCGCGACGUGUACCUUGACAGCGCCCCGCGCAAUGUACCGGUUGUUGAGCUGCCGCUCGACACCGAUGAAGAGUUUUGCCGGUUGGAGGCGCAGCGCGCGAAGCUGUGCCAGAACCCUGGGCGCAACGCGCAAGCUAUCCGAGACACAGAGGACGCCUUGAAUGAUCGCGCCGACGUGCUGGCUGCCGAGGCACUAAGGAAUGACCGCAUCUUCCUGGAGGCCGAACCGGAGGGUGUGUCGCAGCGGCAGUUACCGCUGGACGUGGACCAGACCUUUCGCACCCUCGAGAUGAAGCGCGCAGCUCUGAAGAGCGCCCAGUUCCGGGACGAUCGUGCCAUUCGCGCGGUGGAGGAGCAAAUGAACGACUACCUGCACAAAUUGGCGAGGGAUGUGAAGAAGGAUGCCCGGUGCGACAUGGAGGCGGACUCUCUCGGCAUUCCGCUGGAGGACCUGAACCCCUACCUAGACGAAGACCCACGUUUUCACGAGCUGGAGGACAUGUACCGCGACGCGAAGAAAAACCCGAGCAAGGCAAAGAUGGCGUCGCAGUUGCUCGACCAGAUGAACGAGCGCGCGAAGGAGAUUGCUCAGGCGGUGCACGACGUGGAACGGCGCUCUCUGAACCAGCAUCCGAACGGCAUUCCACUCGAGGUACUGCCGCUCAAUAAAGACCCCGUCUUCAGGGCUCUCGAGAACGAGGCGCGCGCACUGCGUAAGGCGCCGAGCGACGGAAAGAAGAGCGCCGACAAGCUCGCCGACAUCGAGAAUCGCCUGAACGCGCGUGCCGAGGAGCUGGCAAACGCGGUCCGCAAGCAGUACGUGGAUGCCAUGGUGGAGGGUGUGCCAAUCGAGGUGCUCAAGCUUGGCGAUGACGCCUGCUUCGUGGACGCCGAGGAAAGCCUGCGCCGGCUGGAGAAAAACCCUGUUGCGAAUCGCCAGGGCAUCAAAGAUCUCAAGGACGAGCUCAACUCUAUGGCGCGCGAGAAGGUGAAGCGACUGCUGCAGAAUGACCGCGGCUACCUCGAUGAGAGGCCGGAGGGGGUGGAUCUUUGCCACGUCCCGCUGGACUUGGACCCCACAUUUCACGGCCUGGAGACGCGGCGUGCAAAGCUCAAGUCAGAGGACCCGCACGCCAACCAGAAGGCGAUUGCCGCGCUCGAAGGCCAGCUUAACGAUCGCGCCCGUGAACUGGCGAAGGAGGUGAAGGAGGGUGAAGUGCGCGCCCUCGAGCCGGACCCACACGGCAUUCCGUACGCUAUUAUUGUGCCACACAGCGACGAUGAAUUCGCGAAUCUCGCCAAACAGCUGCGUGACCUAAAAACAGACACAAAGCGCAAUGCGGCAGCCAUCAAGGAGACGAAUGAUCGAAUGAACAGCCGCGGCGCCGAGCUGGCGGAGGCGAUGCUGAAGCAGGAUCGCUCCUACCUGGAGCCGGAGCCGAAUGGCGUGCCGCUCAAGUACCUGCCGUUGGACUCGGACCCGCAGUUCAAUCGGAUGGAGGUUGAGCGUGCGAAGCUGAAGGCUCGAGACCCCGUGAAGAACGCCAAGAAGCUCCAGGAGCUCGAGGAUCAGCUGAACGCGCGGGCUGACCAGCUUGCCGAGGCCCAGAAGCAGGAGGACUUCCGCGGGCUUGACCCUAAGCCGGAGGGCGUUCCGCUCUUUGUGAUCGACCCGCACUCCGACGCGAAGUUCGCCGCGUACCUGCCGCAGUUGCGCGACAUGAAGGCGGAUCCGAGGACGCGGCCGGAGCAGCUUCAGCAGGUGGUAGACGCGAUGAACAGCCGUGCUCACGAGGUGGCUGGUGAGAAGCUGCGUGGCGAUCGCCUCACCUACCUGGAGGAAGCACCGAAGGGUGUUCCGCUCGAUCUGCUCCCGCUCGAUACGGACGCGCAGUACCACGACAUGGAAGUGCAACGCACUGUUCUGAAGACGCAGGACUCGCGUCGCAACGCUGCCAAGAUCAAGGACGCAGAGGAUCGCCUUCGGGAGCGCGCAAACGAGUUGGCGGAGCAGCAGCGCGCGAAGGACUUGGAGAACCUCGACCAGGUCCUGGAGGGACUGCCUAUUUCCCUGGUGAACCCCCACAACGACUCCGCGUUCGCGGAGAUGGUGAGUCAGCACAGGGAGCUUGCGAAGGACUCGAAGAAGAAUGCGCAUCUGUUGGCAAAGCUGGAGGAGCAGAUGAACAAUCACGCUCAUGAACUGGCUAAGGCAAUGCUUGGGCGUGACCACGAGUUCCUGGACGCUUCUCCACAGGGUGUUCCACUUGCGGAGCUACCGCUCGACAGAGAUCCGGAGUUCCACAGGCUAGAGGUGGAGCGGGCCAAGCUGAAGGCGCAGGAUACACGCCGCAACACCUCUAAGAUCAAAGAUGUCGAGAGUCAAAUGAAUAACCGCGCGCAUGAGUUGGCACGUGAGCAGCUUGCUGAGGACCUUCGCGGCGUCGACCCAUCCCCACGCGGUCUUCCGGUGGAGCUGCUGAACCCGCACGCCGAUUCCGAGUUUGCAGAAGCCGUAAAGCAGAUUCGCAAACUGAAGAAGGGCACCGUUGCCGACCAGAAGGCGCAGCAGGCGGCGUUGGACAAGAUGAACGACCGAGUGCGCGCUAUGGCAGAUGAGGCGAUGGACCGCGGCUACCUCGAUGCUGAGCCGGAGGGGGUGCCGCUUGCCGACCUACUACUCAGCAGCGAUCCGGAGUUUCAUGAUAUGGAGGUGGGGCGCGCCAGGCUGAAGCUAAGGGACCCGAAGCGCAAUGCACGCGCAAUCAAGGAUCUCGAGGAGCGGUUGAAUGACCACGCGCACGAGUUGGCGAGGAGGCAGCUGAAGGAAGACCUCUCUGGCUGCGACCCUGCCCCUGAGGGAAUCCCGCUGGCCCUACUGAAGCUCACUGAGGACCCAAAGAUUAUUGGCAUGAUCCCGCAGCUGCGCACGCUGAAAAAGGAUCCGAAGAUGAAUGCCGAUGCUAUCAAGAGCCUGGAGAACCAGAUGAACAGUCGCGCCUAUGAGCUGGCGGAUCAAUUGCUGGAGCGCGACCGCGCUUACCUCCAGCCGAAGCCGGAGGGUGUCGCGUUGGAGUACCUGCCGCUCGACAAGGACGAGGAAAUCGCCGAGCUGGAGGUAGAGCGGGCGAAGCUCAAGGCACAGGACCUGCGGCGCAACCAGCGCCGCAUCGCCGAUAUUGAGGACAGGCUCAACGACCGCGCGGCAGAACUGGCUGUGGUGAAGAAGGCGGAAGAACUUAGGCGCUUUCCACCCCAGUACAACGGUAUUGAGACGGCGGCGAUGAAGCCACACGACGAUGCUGAGUUUGCCGCCCUUGUCGACCAGCUGCGGAAGCUGGAGAAGGCCGGUAAGGGUGCUUCGCCUGAGGCACAGAAUGUGCUUAAGGAUAUGGAUACGCACCUAGCACAGUUGGCGAAGGAGAAGGUGGAGGGCGACCUGUGGUUCCUGGACAAGGAGCCGGAGGGGAUUCCGCUGGAAGAGGUGGGGGCAGAGUCGGACUCAACCUUCCAGCAGCUGCGGCACGAGCGUGCCAACCUCAAGGCAAAGGAUCCACUCAGUAACGCCGACAAGAUCAAGGGUAUUGAGGAGCAGAUGGGCGACCGCGCCCAGGAAUUGGCCAGGAAUCUGAAGGAAAGCGACUUCGAUGGUGUCGACCCGAACCCGCUGGGCAUUCCGCUGGAGCUGCUGCAGCCGCGCGAAGACCCGCAGGUGUCAAAUAUUCUGCCGGAGCUGCGUCGCGCCAAGAAGAACACACGUGACGCCCAGAAGGCGCAGGACCUGCUAAAUAAACUAAAUGGCCGCAUCCAUGAGCUGGCAAAGCAUGCAUUGAGUGGGGAGCGUCUAGCUUACCUGGACCAGGACCCGGAGGGCGUGCCGCUCUCGGACCUGCCGCUGGACACGGACGGCAUCUACAGCGGUCUCGAGGUAGAGCGCGCCAAGCUGAUGCUGAAGGACCCGGUCAAGGAUGCGAAGCAAAUCGAAGGUCUUGAGGACCGCCUGAACGAGCGGGCGCACGAGCUGGCGCAUCAAGUUCUGAAGGACGACUUGAGGAACGUGGAUCCCAAGCCGCAUGGGAUUCCUAUUGAGGCAGUGAAGCCGCACAACAACCCAGACUUUCACAAGCUGGCCACACGCGCGCGAGAGCUCUGCAAGGACCCACGCCGAAACGCUGACAAACUUGCCACCGUCAAGGAGCAGAUGAACAAUUUGGCGAACCAGAUGGCGGCCGAGAUGCUCGGCAAUGACCGUGGCUAUCUCGACCCUGAGCCAGAAGGCGUUCCCGUUGAGGUCAUAGCGCUUGACGAGGACCCAGUGUUUCACGAGAUGGAGGUGCAGCGUGCGGUGCUGGUUGCACAGGACCCGGUGAAGAACAGGCAGGCGAUCGCCGAGCUUGAGGAGCGGCUCAACGACUGCGCACACGGGCUGGCUGAGGCGCAGAAGCGGAAGGACCUGCAUGGCUUGAACAACGCCCCGCUCGGUGUACCCGUGUCGCUGCUGAAUCCUCAUGGUGACCCACGUUUUGCUGCGAAGCUACCUGAGCUGCGGGCGCAGAAGAAGGAGUGCUCUCCGCGCCACCAGUCACGCCUGAACGACACGCAGGCGAAGUUGGACGAUAUCCUUGAAGAACUCGCCGCCGACUACCUUGAGCAGGAUCGCGGGCAGUAUCUUGACCCGAAUCCGGGGGGCAUCCCGGUGACGGCGCUUCCGUUGUACGCGGACCCAGAGUUUCGCCAACUCGAGGCGGAGCGACUGGACCUGAUCAGCAAGAACCCCAAAGUCAACAAGGACGCCAUCAAGGACCUGGAGGCGGCGCUGAACGAGCGUGCUCGCGAAGUGGCGCGAGAUAAGCGCAAGGGCGACCGUGCGUACCUUGACCCUGAGCCGCUCGGCGUACCGCUCGACGUGCUGCCGCUCGACACAGACCGCCAGUUCAGCGAUCUGGAGGCGAAGCGCGCCGGGCUAAAGAUGAAAGAUGCGGCCAAAAACGCCGCCGCAAUUCACGACUUGGAGGAUCAGCUGAACGAUCGCGUGAACCAGCUUGCUGAGGACCAGAUCACAGAGGACCUGCGCGCGGUGGAUCCGACGCCGGGCGACAUUCCAGUGCGGAUGCUGAAGCCGCACGACGAUCCUGAGUUCGCGCGGAUGGUGAACGCCUUGCGCUUGCUAAAGGCCGACCCGUCGGCCGACCCAAAUAAGGUGUCGGACCUGGAGCAGGACAUGAGCGACCGCGUGCACGAGCUGGCGGACGACGCGCUUACGGGCAACCGUCCGAUGUACCUCAACCCCAAGCUGGAUGGAAUCCCGGUCGAGUCACUGCCGCUUGACUCCGACCCCCUCUACCACCGACUGGAGGUUGAGCGGGCGAAGCUUGUGCUGCAGGACCCCAAGAAGAACCAGGCGAAGAUCGCUGACCUCGAGGAUCGCCUCAGGGACCGGGCGCACGAGCUGGCAAAGGAGCAGCGAGCGCGCGACCUACAGGACUUGAAUGAGGCGCCGCGCGGUAUCCCGGUGGAGCUGCUGAACCCUCACGACGACGAGACGUUCGCGACACUCGCUUCGCAGCGCCGUGACCCGAAGAACACACUGAGGACGUCGAAGGACAACGGCGGCGUCAACGGCGAUCCGACGCACGACCUGCUCAACGAGCGCCUAGACGAACUGGCGAGGCAGAUGCUGGAGGGCGAUCGCGACUACCUGGACUCCAAUCCGGAGGGCGUACCGCUGCAUGUGCUGCUGCUUAACGAGGACCCUGAGUUUCACGAGAUGGAGGUGCACCGUGCGGUGCUGAAGAUGACGAGCCCAAAGAAGAACGCAGCGGCCGUGAAAGACUUGGAGGAUCGACUGAACGACCGCGCUCACAAGCUGGCGAAGGACGUGUUGAAUGGCGACCGCGGCUACCUCGCCCCUGAGCCGAAGGGUGUACCACUGAUGGAUCUGCCGCUGGACAAAGACCCGCAGUUCCACCAGAUGGAGGUGGAGCGAGCCAAGCUGAAGGCGCAGGACCUGAAGAAGAAUUCCGACAAGAUCAAGGCUCUGGAGGACAGGCUGAACGACCGCGCCGAAGAGCUCGCCGAAGCCCAGAAGAGGGAGGAUUUCCGCAACCUGGAUGGCAGGCCGCGCGGUAUACUGCUGGAGUUGCUGCGCCCGCACGACGAUGCAGAUUUUGCGUCGCACUUGCCCGAGCUGCGUCGGCUGAAAAAUGAGCAGCCAGACCACCCAAGGAUCAAGGACCUCCAGGUGAAGCUGGACAACCGCGCAGAUGAGCUGGCCAAGGCCCAAGUGGACCGCGACCGUGCCUUCCUGGACCCUGAGCCGGAAGGUGUUCCGUUGGCCCAGCUGCUGCUUGACAGCGACCGACACUUCACAGACCUGGAGAAGCAGCUGCGUCAGGCGAAACAGGACCCGAAGCGCAACAUGGACAGGAUUAAUGACCUGCAGGACGCUAUGAACAUGCGCUCGCACGAGUUGGCUCGCGAUCUACUCAAGGGUGACCGCGGCUACCUCGACCCCGAGCCGGAGAACGUGCCGAUUGCCGAUGUCCCGAUCGAUACAGAUUCGGAGUUCCGCGAGUUGGAGGCGCGGCGCGCGAAGCUGAAGGAAGACCCGAAGCUCAACGCGGACAAAAUAAAGGAGCUGGAGGGCAAACUGAAUGACCGUGCGCACGCGCUGGCCAAGGCACAAAAGGAGGCGACUCGCAGCUUCCUCAAUCCCACCUCGCACCGCGUGUCGAAGGCACUGUUGCCGCUGGACGAGGACGCGCCAUUCGUGAAGAUGGAGCAGCAGCUGCGGCGCCUCAACAGGGACCCGAAGCGCAGCGCCAGCGCCAUUGAAAACCUCAAGGGCAUGAUGCAGGACCGGGCUGAUGAACUGGGCGAGAACAUGGUGAAGGGCGACCGCGACAAGUACCUCGACUCAAACCCUGAGGGCGUGCCGGUCGGCUAUCUGCCGCUGGACUCCGACCCGCAGUACAGUGAUGCGGAGCUGAAGCGUGCUGUCCUCAAGGCUCAGAACCCGAGGGAUAACGCAGUCCAGAUCGCCGACCUCGAGAGGAUGCUCAACGAUCGCGCUGCUGAACUCGCCAAGGAUCAGCGUCAGAAAGACCGCGCCUUCCUGGACCCUGAGCCGGAGGGCAUUCCAAUCACCGAUGUGCCCCUCGACAACGACCCCAACUUCCUGCGACUGGAGGACUACCUCCGCAAACUCAAGAAAGACCCCAGGCGCAGCGCCGACGCCAUCGUCAGCACCCAAGAAAGCAUGAACGACCGGGCCCACGAGCUGGCCAAGGGUGUGGUUGCCGAGGACCUCGCGUGCUUGCCGCGUGCGGCGUACCGUAGCAUUCCGAGGGAGGAGCUGAACCUCCACUCGUACAUGAAGUUUAGCGGCGCGGCGAACCGGUGGCGCGACGCGUCGCGCCACCGCCUCCCUACGACAGAAAUACAGCUCUUCGCGGAUGAGAUGGACAGGAUCGCCAGCGAGAUUGCUGAUGACGUGAUCAACGCCGAGCGUGCCUUCCUCGACCCUGAGCCGGAGGGCAUGGCGAUCGCCGACCUUCCGCUCGAUACGGACAAGGAGUUCGCCGCCCUUGAAGCAGAGCGUCGGCGCCGUGCCAAGGACCCGCGUGCAGCGAAGCGUAACAAAGAUGUCAUUCGUGACUUGGAGGACAAGAUGAACGACCGCGCGCACCAGCUGGCCAAGGAGAAUUUUGUAAAGCAGCGUGACUUCAUGGACCAGGAGCCGGAGGGCGUGCUGUUGGAGCGGCUGCUGCUUGACACCGAUCCGGAGUUCAAGGACGCGGAGAUUGCGCGCUACAAGGCCAAGAAGGACCUGAAGUUCGACCCAAAGAAGGUGGCGGCGCUGGAAAAGCGCAUGAACGACCGAGCCCAUGAGCUGGCCGAAGCCGAGCUGGCGAAGGACCGCGCCUUCCUCGACCCUGAGCCCGAAGGCGUGCCGCUGGCGGAUCUUCCUCUUAGCGACGACCAGGUGUUUAACGAGCUGGCGAAGCAGCGUCAGACGCUCAAGAACACUCGGAGAAGUCGCGACCCUGAUGUCAAGGACCUGGAGGAGAAGAUGAACGACCGUGUCCACUGCAUUGCGAAGGACUUCCUCAACAAGAACCGCAGCUACCUCAACCCGGAGCCGCAGAACGUGCCCAUCGCGGAUAUUCCUCUCAACCGUGACAUGAUCUUCCGCGACAUGGAGAGCGGCCUGAUGAAGGCGAAAAAGGACCCCCGCAGCAAUGCGGGUAAAAUUACCGAGCUACAGGACGAUCUCAACAGCCGCGCAGACGACCUCGCGAAGGACCUGUUGCGCAAGGAGCGUGCACAUCAGGAGCAGGAGCCGCUGGGUGUGUUACUGGAGGAGCUACCCCUUAACUAUGACCCAAUUCUUAACCCACUGGAACGCAAGCGCCGCGACCUCAAGAAGAACUCGAAGCGGAACACGGACGCACUGCGCAGCCUCGAGUUGGAGAUUGCGGCGCGUGUCGAUGACAUCGCGCGUGACUUUUUGGCGAAGGCGCGCGCCUUCCUAGACCAGGAGGUGGAAGGGGUUCCGCUGGAGCGCCUGCCACUGUCAGAGGACAAAGAGUUCCGUGACAUGGAGAAGGACCUGCGCGCGCUGAAGAAGCAGCCAGCAAAGAACAAGGACGCCAUCGAGGACCUCGAGGAGCGCAUGAACGAUCGCACUCACGUCCUGGCCAAGGACUACCUCGCGAAGGAACGCGACUACCUCGGGAAGGAGUUGCUCGGUAUGCCGGUGGAGGAGCUACCACUCAACGAGGACUCGACUUUCCGCGAUCUGGAGGAGAAGCGGCGCGCCCUAAAGAAAGACCCGCGCGGUAACGCCAAGGCUAUUAAGGAUCUGGAGGAUAAGCUGAACGAUCGUGCUGAGCAGCUGGCGCAGCGGAAGCUCGACCAUGAGCGCGCCUUCCUCGAUGCCAAGCCCGAGGGCAUCUUCCUAAAGGACCUCGCGCUGGACAAGGACAAGGCAUUCAAGGACAUGGAGAAGCAACUGCUUCAGCUGCGCAAGGAUCCGCGCAGGAACGCGAACGCGAUUCGGGACAUGGAGGAUGACAUGAAUGAUCGCGUUCACACACUGGCAAAGCGCCAGCUGGCGGACGACCGGAACUUCCUCAACCCGGAGCCUCGUGGUGUGCCGCUGGUCGACCUCGCCCUGGACGAUGACCUGGAGUUCCGCAAGACGGAACUGGCGCGUCGUGAGGCCAAGAAGAACGGAAAGGGUGCUGACAAGGUGCGCGAGCUGGAGGAUAUGCUGAACGAGCACGCCGACCGCAUCGCCAGCGAGUACCUCAAGAAGGACCGCGCCUACCUCGACCCCGAGCCGGAGGGUGUGCCGCUGGAGGAGCUGCCGCUCGACACGGAUCCCGACUUCCACGGCAUGGAGGUGGACCGCCGCAAGCUGAACAAGGACCCCGCUAAGAACUCCCGGACCAUCAAGGACCUUGAGGAACAACUUAACAACCGUGCGCACGAGCUGGCCAAGGACAAGAAGGGAUACCAGGACCCGGAAUUCCACGAGGCGAACGAGGAUAUAGCCGAGCAGUGGCCGCGCAUUCGCGAACUGUACCCGGAAGGGGUGUACGACCCGGUGACGCCGGACGCCACACUGCCAUCGGACAUCUCGUCCGCCCAGCAGGACAUGGGCUUUCUCGCGCCGUUCAUCGCGGCCUUGGCACGUCACACAGUGCUUAUCUCACGUCUUUUCCAGGACAAGGCGCAUCCGCAAAACCAGCCGUACCGUGUGACACUCUUCAACCCGGACAGCUCGCCUGUCACGGUGGAGGUGGACGACCGCGUACCGUGCGACGACAAGCGGGAGCCGAAGUUUACACAGGUGCCGUCACGCAUGUGGUACCCGCUGCUACUGGAGAAGGCGUACGCCAAGUUUGUCGGCGGCUACGAGAACUUCAACAACUGCAAUGCCCACGACACACUGCGCGAUUUGACGGGUCGACCGGUGCUGCACAUCUCCCUCGAGGACCCGAAACACGCGGUGGCGACAAACAUGGGCGACUACACGACGCCGGUCUUCUGGCGUCGUGUCAUGGAGGAUCUCGACCGCGGCGACGUGUUUGUGUGCGUGGCGAACAGCAACGUGCCAAACGGCCUGCAUCCGCAGUGUAGCUACGCGCUGCUAGACGUGGUGGAGGUGAAGCCGGGCACGAACGACCCCUCGGAUAUCGUGAUCAAGGUGCACAACUGUUACAUGGAUGCCCCAUACUACAACGGACCGUUGCGCAAGGGCGAUAGCAACUGGACGGCGGAUGUGAAGCGAGCGUGCGACUUCUCGCAGAGCGAUAAUGACGUGAUCUACAUGCCGUUGCCCACCUUUCUUGCCAACUUUAGCUGCAUGCAGCGCUGCCAUAUCAACUGCGGUGAUCGCCUCAGCUCGCCUGGGGAAUGGAACGACUAUACGGCUGGGGGUACGUCCAAGUACACGACCUUCCGCAGCAACCCCAUCUAUCUCGUAGAGAACAAGACGUCGCGGCCGGCCACGAUUCUCGCCGAGGUACGCCACACGGGCCCGCUAUACGUGGACGAGACGAACUGUAAGCAGUACCCCUACACUGGGCUCACUCUCAUGCAACCGUCAAAUGCGAAGUUGCCGCCAACGCCGUUUAUCACGAAUGGAACGCACAAGUUCCUGCAGAAGGGUAUGAUGCUGGACUCACGCGAGGUGUGCGCCGAAAUGGAGCUGCCGCCCAGCUCGACGUCCUACCUUAUUCCGUACACGAAGGACCGCGGCACGAUGGGCGAGUUCUUCGUCUCCAUCUACCCGGACAUGGCCAAGGUCACAUUGACGCCACUUCGACACGCUGGCCUCACCUUGAAGCCGCUCCGUACCAGGCUUACCCUACAGCCCGGUGACGAAGAGGGGGAACGGCUGGAUUUCAUGGUGAACGACGCGAGCGAUGUUCACAUACUGCUGCACCAGACGAAGAUAUCGGACCCGAACAGCAUCCGCAAAGGCGAUGUCGUGGGCGAGGAUGAGGUGACCAUGACAGUCUUCAACGAAUAUGGCAUCAGGAUUGGCACGACUGGCGACUCGAGCAACGCGCGCGAGCACGCUCUCAUCUUCAAGGCCCCGCAAGGCGGCCGCUACUCGCUGCUCGUGAGCUGCGUGGCGUCCUCGACUAGGGAGCCAUGCACAGCGAACCUGGAGAUAUACACGCCGACGGACGUGAGCGCUGACUUCGUGCCGGUCGCACCGGACGCGAAGCCGCUGAAUGGACACGCGCAGUCGCGCUUCCCUGCGCUCUCGCGAACGGCGACGGCCCCUGGUGCGUCGCGUGGUGCCAGCCGCAGUGGAAGCAACGUGCGCCGCACCGACUCUCUGCCGCCGAUCAACCAGCGAUCUGUUAGCAGCCGUCGCGGCAGCCGCGAGGAGACCAGACGUCGCCCCAGCCGUAGCCGCCGUUAG